AUAAAGCACAUAACUGCAUAAAUAAUGCAAAUAAUAGAUGUCUUAAGGAAAACAAAAGGGUCAAUAAGAAAAACAACCCUAAAUACAAUGUAACUGAUUCAAUAAGGCAAUACUAAUUGCAAUCAAUUUGAAUAACUAAAGGGAGGUGUCAGCUCUGAAGUUGUGCAAACUCACCGCCUUCAUUAAGUCAAAUGCAGUGGGUGUAAUGGUUAAGAGCUGGCGACAUUCUUUAAAUAUUUAUCAUGUCUCUCCAAGCAAAAACAUCUUUGAGUUUCUCCAAAUGGGAAAUAGCUGAGAAACAGAGAAAAAGCUUACAAUUUUAAACCGCAGGUCAGAGCCCACACAAACCUGAAGACAAAAGGAAAAGCCAAACCUUAAGUCAGAAGACACGGAAGAGUGGAUGAUGGCCCAGAUGGUUUCAGCUGCCCCUUUCCUCAUCCUCCUGCUUCUCCCCCUGAAAUCCUGCCUUCCUUUGGAGUGGCCGAGGCCAGCCCUGUCGCAGGUACUUCCCAUACGUGGCCUGAGUUGGGAUCGGUGGCUAAGCCGCUCGGAGUGGGAGGACAAUGCUUCGGUCCCUCCAGUUGGCUCAGAAGAGGGACCCUUCCAAGAGCAAAGAUCUCCCAGGUCCUGCAAGCCAACAGAGGCCAAAUCUUUUCCCGAGCAGGAGCAGCAACAGCAGAGAGCUGAGCGAGCGUCUUCUUCCAGCAAAAGACGGGACGGUCGCCCAAACUCCCUGGACUUGACCUUUCACCUUCUCCGGGAGUUCCUGGAGAUGUCCCGAGAAGAGAGGCUGGCACAGAAGGCUCGUAGUAACAAAAUACUGCUGCAUAAUAUAGGCAAAUGAGUGGGGAGGGAUCUGGGGCAGGGGGAGGCAAGAACUGCAUUUAACUGUAAAGUGUAACAUUUAUCUCAUAACAGUGCAGUUGGUGGGGGGAAUGUUGUGAUAUCCAUGAAUCUUGGGUCUAAGCUGUCAGUUUCUCCUCCAGAGAAUGCCUCGGUUUUGAAGGACUCCCCUGGAAGAGUGUAUAUGUCUGAUGUCAGAUGCCUCUGCCCAGCAACAAAAGAGGACAUGUUUUGCUACAACUCCCAUGAAGUUUUUAAUUGAUAUUACUAUUAUGUUUUCUCCAGCACCAUCAAUACACACCACUCAUCAACAGAGGAACAUCAGCAAGAAAAAGGCAGGUGUCUGCUUGCAGGCAAAAUUUGUUCUACAUAGGUGUCAAGGGUGAGACAGCAAAGAGAGGGGCUGGGCAGGGGGGAGCAAGUGAGGCAAGGCUAGCAAGUUAUAGACAUGAGUGAAAGUGUUCUUUCGGAACGCCAUGUGAGUUUUUUUCCGGUAUUGCAUCCAUGGUACUGCACUGCACACAAUUCAAAGUCCGUUGUUCCAAGGACAGGGAACCUGUAGAGCCCUGCACAGGAUUGUGUAAGAAUGACAAGAUAAUGUGCAUCAGCCUUCUCCAAGCCAAUGUCCUCCAGAUGUUGCUGAACUGCAAUUCCCAUCAGCCCCAGCCAGCAUGGCUAAUGGUCAGGGAUGAUGGGAGUUGUAGUCCAGCAACAUCAGCAGGGGCACAGGUUCCCUAUCAACAUACAUAGGCCCAGGAGCAAAGGAAGCUGCUUCCCUUGAGUCAGGCCACUGGUCCAUAUAGCUUGGUAUGGUCUGCACUGACUGGCAGCAGCUCUCCAGGGUUUCAGACAUGAGCUUUCCCCAGCAAUAGUGGGAGAUGCCAGGGGUUGAACCUGGAGCCUUCUGCAUGCAAAGCAGAUGGUCUACCACUUUGCCAACUGGUCAAUCCCUCCCUAGGAAGAGUGUUUCAGAGCCAGGGCAAAGUGAUUGAGAAAAAGCCACCUCCAUGUCUCCAUCCAACACAUCUCAGAUGUUGAUGGGACUUGGAGGAGGACCUCUCUUAAUGCACAGGCAGAUCCAUACUGGAGAAGGUUCCAAGCUGCGCUCAAGGCACAAGAGAUAUAAAAAGCUGCCUGCCUGAGCAGCAUAGUGCCACGAUGGCACAGCACUAUUACGACAUUUCAGUCCUAUACUUCCUCCAAAGGAGCUUUGGAUGGACAACAUUGGCCUUCUCCCACCAGACGUUUUGGACUACAGCUACCAUCACCCCCAACCAGCAUGGCCAAUGGUCAGGGACUUUGGGAGUACAGUU